UGCCAUGAAAUAAUAUAUUCGCAUCCAUGAAGAACCGAAAAAACAACCGCGUGUUUGUAAUCUGAAGACAUUCGCCAUCCAACAGAGUCGUGAAACGGUCUCUUUUAAGAGACCCGAAGGCAAACUUUGUGGGCUCGUUUUUCACGGAGUGAUGUCGAAUCCUGGGACUCGGAGGAACGGGUCCAGCAUCAAAAUCCGACUGACAGUAUUAUGUGCCAAGAACCUCGCAAAGAAAGACUUCUUUCGUCUACCAGAUCCUUUUGCCAAGGUUGUGGUGGACGGAUCCGGUCAAUGCCACUCGACAGACACAGUUAAGAGCACACUGGACCCCAAAUGGAAUCAGCACUACGACCUCUACAUUGGAAAGGCAGACUCAAUCACCAUCAGCAUAUGGAACCACAAGAAGAUCCAUAAACGGCAGGGGGCAGGCUUCUUGGGGUGCAUUAGACUUCUUUCAAAUGCCAUCAGCAGACUAAAAGACACAGGAUACCAGCGGCUAGAUCUUUGUAAACUGAACCCCUCAGACAGUGACGCAGUGCGGGGACAGAUUGUAGUGAGCCUGCAGACACGAGACCGCAUAGGUAGUGGAGGCCCCGUGGUGGACUGUCGAGGUCUGUUGGAAAACGAUGGGCCCGUGUUAGAGGGAUGUUUCAGUGAAGAACCGUUGCCUUAUUCUGACGCCACCGGUGCUGCGGGCGGUGGGAACUGCCGUCUCGACUCGCCUAGUCAAGAAAACCGUCUUCAGUCCCAACGAAUCCGGGGGCAGGACUCCCGAGGACAUGGCCACACACCUCAGAACAGACCUCACGGGCACCAGCCACCCGACCUGCCUGAAGGAUAUGAGCAGCGAACAACAGUGCAGGGCCAGGUGUACUUCCUACACACGCAGACAGGUGUCAGCACCUGGCAUGACCCUCGGAUACCGAGAGACCUGGCCAGUGUAAGCUGUGAGGAACUUGGUCCCUUGCCAGUGGGCUGGGAGGUCCGAAGCACCGUGUCGGGCCGCAUUUACUUCGUGGACCACAACAACAGAACCACGCAGUUCACAGAUCCACGUCUACACACCAUCAUCAGCCAGCAAUCCCAAGUGAAGGAAUCCUCACAAGCCCCCCAGAUGGAUGUGGGGGUUGAUGAGGGCGGAGUUGGAGGAAUGAGCGGCGGUGUCGGGGGCGAUGGGGAUGUGGCGGCACGCUACGAGAGAGAUUUGGUCCACAAACUGAAGCUGCUGCGCCACGAGCUCUCUCUGCAGCAGCCCCAAGCUGGACACUGUCGCAUUGAGGUGUCCCGUGAAGAGAUAUUUGAGGAGUCGUAUCGGCAGAUAAUGAAGAUGAGGCCCAAAGACCUGAAGAAACGUCUCAUGGUUAAAUUCCGAGGAGAGGAGGGACUGGACUAUGGUGGUGUGGCCAGGGAGUGGCUGUACCUGCUGUGCCAUGAAAUGUUGAAUCCCUAUUAUGGCCUAUUCCAGUACUCCACAGACAAUAUCUACACAUUACAGAUCAACCCCGAUUCCUCCAUUAACCCGGAUCACCUUUCAUAUUUCCACUUUGUGGGCCGGGUAAUGGGGCUGGCAGUUUUUCAUGGUCACUACAUCAACGGGAGCUUCACGCUGCCCUUCUACAAACAGCUGUUAGGCAAACCCAUUCAGCUCAAUGACCUGGAGACCACCGACCCAGAGUUGCACAAGAGUCUCAUCUGGAUAUUAGAGAAUGACAUCACCUCGGUCCUGGACCACACCUUCUGCGUGGAGCAUAACGCCUUUGGGAAGUUUCUACAACAUGAACUCAAACCUAACGGCCGUAACAUUCCCGUUACUGAGGAGAACAAGAAGGAAUAUGUGAGGCUUUAUGUGAACUGGAGGUUUAUGCGAGGAAUCGAAGCCCAGUUUCUGGCUCUCCAGAAGGGAUUUAGUGAGCUUAUCCCCCAACAUCUCCUAAAAGCUUUCGACCAUAAAGAACUUGAGCUGAUCAUCGGCGGAUUGGGUAAAAUCGACCUGACUGACUGGAAGACGAACACGCGCUUGAAGCACUGUACAAGUGAGAGCAAUGUGGUGCGGUGGUUCUGGCAGGCAGUGGAGGCCUUCAGUGAGGAGAGGAGAGGACGCCUGCUGCAGUUUGUCACGGGCUCCACCCGGGUCCCCUUGCAGGGGUUCAAAGCACUGCAGGGCUCUACAGGUUCUGCAGGACCAAGACUCUUUACCAUCCAUUUGAUAGACGCCAACACUGACAACCUGCCCAAGGCGCACACUUGUUUCAACAGGAUAGACAUCCCACCCUACGAGUCUUAUGAGAAACUUUAUGAGAAACUGCUGACGGCUGUGGAGGAGACCUGCGGCUUCGCUGUGGAGUGAAAGGCCCCACAACCAAACCAACGUACACAGUCACACUUGUGCUUGCACUUGCAUUCAACUCUUUGACUUUAAUUUUAACGUACACAACAUGCACAGAAAGAAGAUGGAGAAUGCACAGAGCAUGGCUGGCGGCCAAGCGUGAGGAGAACGCAGUUCCGGCCCGACGCCGCCCGAACCGUUGGCAGUUGAAGGCGAAAGCACAUCAAGGAAGUCAAAUGGGAAGAAAAAAAAAAAAGCCC